GUUUGGAUGACUUUCAUCAAAAUAAAAACAACUUGAGGAGAAAAGUUUUAGAAACAUUUUCUUUGCGGGUUUUCACAAGGAAAUCCGUUGUUUUCCACUGUGAUGGGUAAAUUGGAGCUGGGGCAGACUCUUUCGGGGCACAAGGGGCGCGUUUGGAAUGCCGCCUGGCACCCAACGGGGAGUAUUUUGGCGACGUGCGGUGAGGACAAGACAAUCAGGAUCUGGCAGCAGGAGGGAGCAACACGCUGGGUGACCAAAACCAUCCUUUCCGAUGGCCACAAUCGCACAAUAAGGAGCGUGGCGUGGUCUCCGUGUGGGCACUACUUGGCUGCUGCCAGCUUCGAUGCAACAGUGUCGAUUUGGGACAAGAAAUCCGGGCAGUUUGAGUGCAACUCCACCCUGGAGGGGCACGAGAAUGAGGUGAAGAGUGUAGCGUGGUCCGUGUCGGGGCAUCUCCUGUCCACGUGCAGCAGGGAUAAGUCAGUGUGGGUGUGGGAAGUCUCCGAGGAGGAUGACUUUGAUUGUGCUGCUGUGCUCAAUGCUCACACGCAGGAUGUGAAGAAGGUGGUUUGGCAUCCACGGGAGGACAUCCUUGCAUCCGCCAGCUAUGACAACACCAUCAAGUUCUACAAGGAAGAUCCAGCUGACAGUGAUUGGAUCUGCACGGCAACACUGGCAUCGCACACAUCAACAGUGUGGAGUUUGGCUUUCUCAGCUGAUGGUCAACGCUUGGCGUCCUGCAGUGAUGACACCACCGUGAAGAUUUGGCAAUCCUACCGCCCUGGCAAUGAGGAAGGCAUCCCAACGCCAGACAAUGAAACAGCCUGGAAGUGCGUGUGCACCUUGUCGGGCUUCCACACACGCAGCAUCUACGACAUCUCGUGGUGUCACCUCUCAGGACUCCUGGCAACCGCUUCAGGUGAUGACAGCAUUCGAAUCUUCCAGGAAACGGAGGGAUCUGAGAAGAAUUCCCCGACGUUUGAGCUGGCAGCCACGGAGUGUCGUGCCCAUGCACAGGAUGUCAACACAGUCAGCUGGAAUCCUACCAAAAGGGGCCUCCUGGUGUCCACAAGUGAUGACGGUGACGUCAAGGUUUGGUGCUUCACCGAUUAAGCUCGUUUUCUAAAAGCAAAAUAAACAUUCUUAGCGCCAA